GUGGCGGGUCCGUCCUGAUUUGCAUGCUUGGCUCUUCCUCAGCCAAUGGGAAUGUGACUGGCGUGAAUUCCAGCCAAUGAUGAGCUGUCAGAGGCGUGGCCCCGGGUGUCCCACGAGGUGAAGAUGCUGCGGGCGGAACCUGGCCGGGAGAGCGGGAUUCGGGGGCGCUAAAGUCGCCGGGCGGGGCGGGAAGGAAGAUCCGGAGCGGGCACAGGAUCCGGAGUUGGAGCCCCCAGAGCCUUCCCGCGUGAAGAGCCCCAGGCGGGACCAGUGAGGCCGGCUCCAUGUACCCAGAAUCCACCACAGGCUCCCCAGCUCGGCUCUCCCUGCGGCAGACGGGCUCCCCCGGCAUGAUCUACAGUACUCGGUAUGGGAGCCCCAAAAGACAGCUCCAGUUUUACAGGAACCUGGGCAAGUCGGGCCUGCGGGUCUCCUGCCUGGGGCUGGGAACAUGGGUGACCUUCGGAGGCCAGAUCACCGACGAGAUGGCGGAGCAGCUCAUGACCUUGGCCUACGACAACGGCAUCAACCUCUUUGACACGGCAGAGGUCUACGCGGCGGGCAAGGCUGAGGUGGUUCUCGGGAACAUCAUUAAGAAGAAGGGAUGGAGACGGUCCAGCCUGGUCAUCACCACCAAGAUCUUCUGGGGAGGAAAAGCGGAGACCGAGAGGGGCCUCUCCCGGAAGCACAUCAUAGAAGGUCUGAAGGCCUCCCUGGAGCGGCUGCAGCUCGAGUAUGUGGACGUGGUGUUUGCCAACCGCCCGGACCCUAACACACCCAUGGAAGAGACCGUGCGCGCCAUGACCCACGUCAUCAACCAGGGGAUGGCCAUGUACUGGGGCACGUCGCGCUGGAGCUCCAUGGAGAUCAUGGAAGCCUACUCGGUGGCCCGGCAGUUCAACCUGAUCCCGCCCAUCUGCGAGCAGGCGGAGUACCACAUGUUCCAGCGCGAGAAGGUGGAGGUGCAGCUGCCGGAGCUCUUCCACAAGAUCGGAGUGGGUGCCAUGACCUGGUCCCCUCUGGCCUGCGGCAUCGUUUCUGGAAAGUAUGACAGCGGCAUCCCGCCCUAUUCCAGAGCCUCCUUGAAGGGCUACCAGUGGCUGAAGGACAAGAUCCUGAGUGAGGAGGGCCGGCGCCAGCAGGCCAAGCUGAAGGAGCUGCAGGCCAUCGCUGAGCGCCUGGGCUGCACCCUCCCGCAGCUGGCCAUAGCCUGGUGCCUGAGGAAUGAGGGCGUCAGCUCUGUGCUCCUGGGCGCGUCCAGUGCAGACCAGCUGAUGGAGAACAUUGGAGCAAUACAGGUCCUCCCCAAGCUGUCGUCCUCCAUCGUCCACGAGAUCGACAGCAUCUUGGGCAACAAGCCCUACAGCAAGAAGGACUACCGGUCCUAGGGGCCCGCUGGCCGGACACUCCCUCCCCGCCCAGUCUGUUCGCUGCCCCUUGCUUCCGCUUUUCUGAAGCCAAGUCACGAAUGUGGUUCGCAUCACAAAGAAAACCCUCCAAGGUGUCCCAGGGAACAAAGAAGCCGCUGCGACACACCACCCACUGCUCCGGGGACCCUCGUCCUGCCGGGACGGCCCGGUCAGGUGUCCCCCCACAGGCUGGGCCUCCCCGGAGCCUCCGCAAGCCCAGGCCAGGCUGGACCGGGGCCGAGAACCUCUGGUGUUGGCGGCGGGGAGGACCCCGGGCCUGGUCCUCCUGGGGCCCCUCCGCAGGGCCCUGGGCGCUGGCCUGGGCCUCCCCAGGGGGUCUCCCUCUGACCAAGGGCCCGACCUCAGCUGCUUCCCCACCCCUGCCCCAGGGGGUCUCUGAGGCGCCUUCUGUGCUGUCCCUUGACCCCACCUACUCCCUGGCUGGUAGGGGUCGGGACCCAGGGGGGUUGGCUCUGCAGUUUGGGGCCCACAAGAAGUUUGGGGUCUUAUUUCAAGUUCAUUGCCCUUGGCAGGGGCCCCACCUGCGCUCCCUGCCAGGUACCCAGGUCGCUGCCCUCUGUCCUUGCCCCGGAAGGCAGGCCCCGGGGCCGUGCGUGCCGAGCUGGACUGUGGCUGCUGAACCACGUGUGGAAGAGGACGCCCUGCUCUGCUGGGGGUCGGCCUCGGCGUCUGCAGAGCGGACAGGCUUGAGCCCUUCCCGGGGGCCCCGGGUCUUCUGUCUGCGCCCAGGGCGGGGGUCUUGUACCCCGAGCAGCAGCCCCCACCGUGGAGGAACGACCCCCGGAGGCUCUCCCUGAAGAGGUGCUCUGCGAGGCCUCGGAUCAGGCGGGGUUGAGGUGCUCCGUCCUGGGGAGCUAAGUGUCACCCCUGGGCCCCCACACUCUGUGACAAGUGAGGGUGUCACUUCACACCACUCCCCAGCCUGGAGCAGGUUGGGGACAGGGACGAAGAGCCGGACACACAGGCUGUCAGCCCCUUGCAACCCCAGCCUGGGGCCAGAGGGGACGGGGGAGCAGAGGGGGGCCUGCAGCCAGGAGCCCCAGCCCCAUGGUCCUGAGAAGUGCCCCAGCCUUUGCCGGCUAUGUGGGGGGCAGGAGCUGGGCUCUACAGAUGUGCCAGCUGCUCUGUGGGGGCCCUGUGUGCCAGCCCCCCAGGCACCCCACACCCUCCCGUCACCAGGAGGCCUGCACAGCGGUCCUGUGUGCAGAGCUGCCCCCCAAGGCCUCCUCCCGUCUCCCCCCUGCCAUUCUCAGAGGCCUGCACCAUCCUGGCUGGGCUGAGGCUGGGAAAGGGCUUUGAGAAAAGCCACAAAGGCAAGGGGCGUGGGGACAGCUCUCUCCACUCCUGACCUCUGUGCUGAGCCUGGAGUCUAGAACCUUCCCCUCCUCGUAGGCCUGGCCCUUGGGGUCUUUUCCAGCUCGUCCCCUACAAGCUUCAUGUGUGGGUGUGGGGAGUGGGCAGCGCUGGUCCUGCUGAAUGCCCAACCUGUGCCACUCCCCAUCCUACGGGAGGGUGUCCUGCUCUGAGGGCGGGCCUGUGGGGGCAUUCUGUCCAGGCCCACCCCUCCCCGGGCAAGUGGCUGGGCCUCCACACGCUGCCCCAGACCACCUGCUGACCACCCACCAACAGGGACCAGACUUGCCGGGGGCCAGAGGCGGGGCUUCUGCCCCACAGGCCACACCUGGGAGGCCGGCCCAUUGGCCGCGUGUUGGGCAGCGGCGGGCGGGGCCCGGGCUGAGCUCCGCAGAGGCUGCAGGACCCAGCAGCCCCGGCCCAGCCUGGUUCUCAGUGGCCUCUGCUUCCUGGGGGACAGGCCCCCGACUCAGGAGGGAGCUGGAGUGGGGAGAGGAGGUCAGAGCCGGGAAAGGGAUGAGCUGGGCAAGGUGGCCCCAGAGGGUGGCCCGGCCCCUGCACAGGGUGGGGCGCUGCCCCCCAGCCUUGCCCCCCGCCCCCCCCCGCCGGGAGUGCCCUACAUGGGACUGGGCCAGGACAGGCUGGGGUCGGUUUUGCUUGUUGAUGCCACACAGAGUCCUGCCUCCUCUUCACCCGCAUCUGGUCAGAGCCGAGGGGCGGGCUCACUGGUCUUGCUUGUCUUGUAAAUAACGCGCUUUUUCCUCCGGUUUUUUUUAUGACUGUGGUUCCCCCGCUAAUGCGCUCCCUCCGUAGGCGAGACCGCCAUCCGCCUCGCUUCCCAAUGACACGUAUUUAUGGAAUGACCAAUAAAACCCAAGCCCGUGGGUCCGCGG